AUGGCUCCCACUCCUCCUGCCCCCUUCUCCGAGCCACUCCUCCCUCAGCUCGACCUACCUGAAAACCCGUACUACACCGAGAAACACCACCGUCUCCGUGCUUUUGUCCGCAACUACGUCGACACAGAAAUCGCACCCUAUGCCCAAGAAUGGGAGAUCGCAGGACAGGUGCCUGAGGACGUCCGUCUGCGAUAUUGUCAGCUAGGGUUCUCCAUCGUUCACCCGGUCGUUGAUCCAGCCGACGCCGGUGGUGUCCAGCAGCCUGCCGGAAUUCCUUAUCACGAAUGGGAUACCUGGUGCGGUGUCAUUGUGGGCGAUGAGUUCUCUCGCCUGGGUUGGUGUGGUCCAAUAUGGGGUUUAGGAGGGGGGAAUGGGAUCGGUGCACCGCCGAUCAGCCGCUUUGGAACGAAAGAUCAGAGACAAAGGUGGCUACCAAAGAUUGCCAGAGGGGAGAUCAGGUUCUGUCUAGGUAUUACCGAACCAGAUGGAGGAAGUGAUGUGGCAAACAUAAGGACGACUGCGGAGAGGCGAGGAAACAGUUACAUCGUGAACGGUAGCAAGAAAUGGAUCACCAACGGAAUAUGGUGCGACUAUGUGACAGCGGCCGUGAGAACGGGCGGACCUGGCCAUGGGGGUAUCAGCCUUUUGGUUGUGCCGCUGAAAUCGAAGGGUGUUACCACAAGAAGGAUGGAGAACCAAGGAGUCAACGCUAGCGGCUCGACCUUUAUCACCUUCGAGGACGUCGAAGUGCCGGCGGAUAAUCUCAUUGGGCAAGAAAAUCACGGGUUCCAGCUGAUCAUGUCCAACUUCAACCCAGAGCGCUUGUCGCUGGCCACGGCGGCACUCCGUCUUGCCCGAGUCUGCGCCCAAGAUGCAUACACCUAUGCUUGCGAACGGGAAACGUUUGGCAAGAAACUGAUCGAACAUGCUCCCAUCAAAUCAAAGAUCGCCUCGUUCGGACUCUUAAUCGAACCCGCCCAUGCGUUCCUAGAACAGCUGUGCUACAUCAUCGAGACUUCACGCGUUACAGGAAAGGAGGUCAAUGUUGGCGGCAUGACGGCCUUGUUGAAGGUGAUGAGCACAAGAUGCUUAGAGAAAGUCUGCCGAGAGGCUCAACAGAUCAUGGGUGGAGCGGGUUAUUCCAAGACUGGACGGGGCGCUCGCAUCGAGCAGAUCAGUCGGGACGUGCGUGUCCAUGUCGUCGGGGGUGGUAGUGAAGAGAUCAUGCUUGAUUUGGCUGUCCGUCAAGAGGUGAGGGAUGUCAAGGUGAGAGCCGCCAGGCUUGCAGCGAGCUCCAAGCUGUAA